AUGAACAUGGGGGCCAUUUUUCAGAACUCUACUGACUUCAUCCUCUUGGGCCUUGUCACCCAUCCUUUGUUCCCUGGGCUUAUCUUUGCAGUGGUCUUCUCCAUCUUUGUAGUGGCUGUAACAGCCAAUGUGGUCAUGAUUUUGCUUAUUCAUGUGGACUUUCGUCUCCACACACCCAUGUACUUCAUGCUUAGCCAACUGUCCACCAUGGACACAGUCUACAUCUGUAUUACUGUUCCCAAGAUGCUACAAGACCUUCUGUCCAAGGAAAAGACUAUCUCCUUCCUGGGCUGUACAGUUCAGGUAUUUCUCUACCUGACAUUGCUUGGAGGGGAAUUCUUCCUGCUAGGUCUCAUGGCCUAUGACCGAUACGUAGCUGUGUGCAAUCCCCUCCAGUACCCUCUUCUUAUGAACCACAGGAUUUGUUUGUUUAUGGUAAUAGGCUCCUGGGUUGGUGGCUCCUUGGAUGGAUUUAUUUUGACUCCUGUUACCAUGAGUUUUCCUUAUUGUGGAUCCCGAGAAAUCAAUCAUUUUUUCUGUGAGAUCCCAGCUGUACUGAAGUUGUCAUGUAUUGACACAUCGCUCUAUGAGACUCUCAUGUAUUCUUGCUGUGUGGUGAUGCUGCUCAUCCCUAUAUCCAUCAUCUCUGUCUCUUACACACGGAUUCUAAUUACCAUCCAUCAGAUGAAUUCUGUUGAUGGCCGGCGCAAAGCCUUUGCUACCUGUUCCUCCCAUAUUACGGUGGCAAGCAUUUUAUAUGGGGCAGCAUUCUACACCAACGUGAUACCCUCUUCCUACCACACACCAGCAAAAGACAAGGUUGUGUCUGCCUUCUACACCAUCCUUACUCCCAUGCUCAACCCACUCAUCUACAGUCUGAGGAAUAAAGAUGUGGCUUCAGCUCUAAGGAAAGUGUUGGAGAGAUGCACUUCUUCCCAGAGAAUCAGGUUGGGAAAUGUAUCUAGGAAAUACUAG